AUCAGAUCCCCCACAAGAAGCCAAACCGCCCCAAUCCCAGUUCUUGAUUUGUCUGAACUAACUAACAACACCUGACUGACGUCCUGUCCGCCUGGCCUCAGCUUCUACACCAACAGACCUACCUACAUCUACCUCUAGGUUGGCUGCCUACCUCUACCUCUACUCUACAUAUACCUACAGUGCUACAUCAAUUACUACCUGCCUACAUUCGGUUUCCCAGUUUGUCCCGCCAUCCGGCAUUUAGCGGCUUCUUUUCAUCUCGCCUUGUGCCUUUCACUCCAAGUUCCGCCUUGAAAUCUUCGCAUUUCGUCCAAACAGCGACCAAGCUUCUCGGCCUGGAAACACGUGCUCGAGACUCGAGUUUAGCGCACCCAGCCGAGUUCCUUGUCACGUUCGAACAUUUCGGCCUACCAACAUCAUCUGAUCGGCCCGGUACAUCGAGGUACCUCUCCCGACGACAACGGCCUGUCUUUCACGUGCCUCGAAACCGACUGCGGAGCCGGCCACUCACGUCAACACCACAACCUCACCUCACCUAGCCGGUGGCGGCACAUCAUCGAACCGCAACGCACCCGCCGAGGCCGCGUCCCGCUAAGCUCCCGGCCACCGGCCCCACGACGAUUUCCGGGUCCCCUCAGCGGGUCUCCGGCAGCCGUUCCCCAGUUCUCGGCUAUCCCGCAGCCGUCGGCCUCGUCGGCCGUGCUCUAGCCGUCCCAGCGGUCGGGGUCUUGGAUAUCUCUUCGUUUCCCGGCUAGGCCGGAUGUACGUGCUGGACUUGUAAACAUUGCAAAUGCUAUUGCCUGGCAUGCCCCGAUAGUCCGAGUACAAGCCCGCGGCGACAUCCCAAUCUAGUGUCUAAUCCGCUGAACCAGCCGCAACACUUGCCAAAUUCUCUACAUACGUCAUCGCGCCUCUCAUGACUCAACGGCAACUUCAUACAGCCUCGCGUCAGCCCUCACUCCAGCUUUUGUCACGUCAGCUACUGCCUACUGGUCCUGCCUCUGCCGACAUGCCGCCGCCGCCGCCGCUACAUCAUCAAGAGCCGCCGACGCCUGACCAGCCUCAGCCAGUGUUCGGUUACUUGCCCCAGAACGUAGCACAGCCACCGGCACCCCUCGCCACUCUUCUCACGGACGACCAAUCCAGAUAUCUUGACAGCUUUUUCCAAAACCUGAAUGAUGCUGCAGCUGAUGACCCUUUCCUAAUAUCACCAGACUUCGAGGAAGAAGGCUUAGCUUUUACUUCAGAAUGGAAUACGCGGCCGGGAAACCUUGUGGGAUCAAAUACUUCGUUCGCUCCUUUCGCCCGCACCAACUUCAACACUGGCUUCAGUGAUUUGUCAAGUGUACAUAGCUUUGGGGGUCCGUCAUUUAAUCACCAGCUCCAAGCGCCGCCACGGGCAACGGACGGUAUCCAUGAUCUCCUAAAUGCCGCUGCCGCUCUCCCUAACGAGGUAGGCGGCCAUGGAGGGAACACUUUCGAGCAAAGUUACGGGGGUAGCAGUACUUCUGGGGGGCAACAUGGCAUUCAACAGACAGACAAUAGCUUCGGCGGUGCGGCCAUCGCCUUGGCCAUGCGCCCUUACGCGUCCAUUAACGAGCCUUCCAAUAGCUUCUACCGCGACAUGAUCUUCCAACAGCCAGGGCAGUCGCAGCAACCCCGCCAAAACAGCUACCAGCAUGGGCAGCCGGUAAGGAUCCAAUUCGGUACCGACACCAGCUUCUCCCAGUCAACAUUCACACCUCAACGGACGCAGGAGAGCUCCGAGGUCAUGAGCCAAGCACAACUGAAGGUACUGGAUUGUCUAGUACCCAGCCAAAGCGCCGCCACGACGCGUGCCUCCAGUCCUGUAACGCAGGGGCAGGGGCAAGGGAACGAGCACCACGGGUCAUUCUCACCGCCUAAGCUACGAACGCAUCAUCGCCCGUCCUUACCUCAGGCACUUGCCUCCAUACAAGAGGAAGGAGGACCGCCCAAAAAGAGAAGGGCAACAGUGGACAACACCACUAACAACGAUGCCGCGAUGGCAUCACCCGGCCCGCUGGCUACCUUUUCCAACAGUCCCUACAGCCCGUUUUCCCAAUCCGGGUUUGCCCCUUCCUCUCCCAUGACGUCGCUAGGUGGUAGAAAGUCAGCGGGUCCAGGAGGAGCAAAGGGGAAGAAACUUGCACGCCAACAAGGACUUUCAACUCCCAAUACAGCAUCGGAACCCACAGACUCCCAAGCCCCGAGUGGUGACACACGAUCACCAAACGAUGAUGAAGAUAACAAGCCCGCUCGACCGGGCAAGAGGCGUCGCUCCUAUAAAGAAAAGAAGCCCAACCUGACGCUGGAACAAAAGAGACUGAACCACAUCGACAGCGAGAAGAGGCGGCGGUACAUGAUCAAGUCAGCCUACGAUAAUCUGUCGAUUAUCAUACCGGGGUACAAGGAGGCUGGAGUUAGCAAAGCGGGGGGGAUACAGUUAGCCGUGGAUUUCUUGAAGAAGAUAAUGGAGGAAAACGAGGAGUUGAAGGAGAGAUUGGAGCGAGCGAGGGAAAAGGCUGGGGUUAAAAGUACUGGGACAGAUGUUGAAAUGACAGAAAGGGGAAUACAAACUGGGCAGGAAGGGGGAGAUAACGGUGCUGAAGAACAAUGAUGACAUACGGUAGCCAAGCCGUAGUGUUUGACCUUGGAUAUGUUGGUACAUCACUUGCGCAUAUACGAGCCAUGCCUUUGUGAUUAACCAUGCAUAAAGUGCCAACAAUAGGACAACCAGGUAGCUGGGGUGAGCCUACUGCAUUGGUUGCUUUGGUGAACGGCAGUCUGCAUCUACCAUUUGCUGGGUGGACUAUGCCGAGGGUUUAUCCAACCUCGAAAGAACCUAGACACAACGAAACUUGCAAAGGAUAAGGGCCUUCACUUCAC